AUGUCUACGGAAGCAAAAGCUCCGUUUCCACCGUUUACUCGCGAAACGGCGAUCCAAAAGAUCCGUCUGGCCGAAGAUGCCUGGAACUCCCAAGAUCCAGAUCGCGUCAAAAUGGCCUAUACAGCCGACUCGGUAUGGCGCAAUCGGGAUAACUUUCUGAAAGGCCGAAAAGAGAUUCGAGACUUUUUGCAAAUCAAGUGGAACCAGGAACAGGACUACCGUCUCAUCAAGGAACUCUGGGCCUUCACAGAGAAUCGCAUUGCUGUCCGCUUUUGCUAUGAGUAUCACAAUGAAAAGAAUGAAUGGUUCCGUGCACACGGCAACGAAAAUUGGGAGUUUGACCAAGACGGUUUGAUGGCGUUCCGCUAUGCGUCUAUAAACGAUCAGCCAAUAGAUAAAAGCGAGCGCAAAUUUUCUUGGCCGAGCGGCAUGCGCCCUGAAGACCAUCCUGAUUUGAGCGAGCUAGGGUUGUAG